CCCACAGCUGAUUUCUUUUUCUUUUUUCUUUUUCUUUUUCUUUUUCUUUUCUUUUCUUUUUUUUUUUUUUCCACUUAAAUUCACUCCGCCCUUGUUGCUAUCACUCCGCACCUGAAUAUUCGUAGCAUUCCCUCCUGAGCUUGUGAUUCAACCAUUAAUAUCCUCGAUGCCUUGACCAACGGAACAUCUAGCUGCUUCUUUUCUUUUCCUUUCUCUUCUUUCCCUACGCCAAUUGUUCCUUUUCAGCACGACGAGAGACAUUCCAAAGACGCCUAAUUGAAAAUUACAAUAAAAAUCCGAAAAUAUAAUACGAGAAAAAAAAAGAGAUAUUUGCAGUGGAAAGACUGCCGACAUGCUCCCAAAGAUCCCCUUGGUCCUCCAGCAGGGCCACCAACAGAGCCGCUCAAGGUCCUCCAAGAAUAAUAGUGUUUCGUCCUUCGAUGAGUCGAGCGGCGCAUCUUCGCCCAGUGCAGAGGAUGAGACGGUGGUAGAACCCGAGCAGGGGAAUGUCCUCACUCAUAUUAUUUCGCAAUUGCGGCCGGGUGCGGACCUGGGCAGAGUUACGCUUCCCACAUUCAUACUGGAACCCCGAUCAAUGCUGGAACGGAUCACAAACUUCAUGGCCCACCCCGAAACGCUCCUUCCAAUGCCGGCAAUUGACGACCCUGUCCAACGAUUCGUGUCCGUGGUUAAGUUCUACCUCAGUGGAUGGCAUAUAAGACCUUUGGGUGUUAAAAAGCCAUUGAAUCCGAUCCUGGGUGAAACUUUUACAUGUUAUUGGGAUUACGAGGAUGGCACCCGCAGCUACUACAUUUCCGAACAAACUUCCCACCAUCCUCCCAAGUCGAGCUACUUUUUCAUGGCCCCCGAACAUCAUAUACGAAUCGACGGGACGCUGAAACCGCGCAGUAAAUUUCUGGGAAAUUCAGCUGCAAGCAUGAUGGAAGGAAUAGCAAUACUGUCCUUCCUGAAUAGGGGCGAACCUGGAAAGGGUGAAAGAUAUAUCGUGACUCAACCGAAUAUGUAUGCUCGAGGUAUCCUAUGGGGAAAGAUGAAGUAUGAACUCGGAGAUCAUAGCUACGUAAGAUGUCCCGAGAACAAUUUGUCGGCGGAUAUAGAGUUCAGAACCAAAGGUUAUUUUUCUGGAACCUACAAUGCCAUCGGGGGCGCCAUAAAAGAUGACAAAACAGGAGAGAUACUCUAUGAGCUAUCAGGGCUUUGGAACGGUGAGAUGUUCAUAAAAAAUGUUGCUACUGGACAAAAGGAGCUUCUUUUCAAUGCGACAAAUGCAAAGCACACGCCUCCUCUCGUCAGACCAAUAGAAGAGCAGGAGCCUCGUGAAUCGCAGAGACUUUGGAGUAGUACAGUCCAAGCGCUAAUUGCUCGGAACCAUGAUCUUGCCACGGAAGAGAAAACCAAAGUUGAAGAUAGGCAGCGGCUUGAGGCAUCAAAGAGGGUGGAAGAUGGAGUCGAAUGGCGGCCCAAACUUUUCCGUGUAGUUCAAGGCGGGCCGGGGAGACCUGAGGAAGGUGAAGAGGAUCUUGAGUGGAUUCUGAAUGCGAAAAUAGACGCAAACAAUCCGGCGGUCGCCGUGAAACAAAUCCUUUGUGUUGCAGCAAUUCUCCCGGGCCAAAAGCCUUCCUGUCAAUUCGAGAUACCACCCCAUCCCUCAUCACGAUCAAAUAACGUAGAAGCUGGCGCCUCUUCUGAUCAACUGGCAACCACCGCCACCACGAAAGCUCCAAUCGCCCAACAACAUAAUAAUAAUGACAAUCUCAUAGACUUUACCGAGGGUAGCAACGACGGGCACCUUAAUGAGAACAAGAUGCUAAAGCCAGGAAACUCAGCCGGCGCCAUGGAUAUCUUGGGUGGGGAUGGCCAAGGAGAUGCCCCCGCCCAAGCUUCCGCUUCCGCAGGUUACAACCCCCAAGACAUGUCAAAUAUCAUGACGCCGCUGCAGGCCACAAAAAGCACAACACAAACACGAUCCCUGAAUGGGCGGGAUUCCACCGCUUCAGACGAUGACGAUUUCGUCGACGCGCAAAGUUAAAGAAUGGAAAGAAAGGAGGCCGAUUUCUUCUUCCCCUCCCUAGAUCUGGCUUUGCGCUGCGCUUUUCUCAGCCUGAUUCCUCGCCCUAAUAUAUAUACAACUUUGCUUGAACCAUCUCAUUCACGGCGCCAACUUCUUCAUUAAUUAACUAAAAGCGUGUCCAUUGGCCUACACUACAACUGGCACAUCGCAAGUUUCAUGCGUGGAAACCCGGGCUAAACAUCACUGCCAGCCCAUUCGUCCCCUCCGAAAAUAUUCUUAACAAUACACCACCAACCGGCCGACCUAAUUUGUUUCUUGCGGAAAGAAAAAUAAAAUAAAAUUGAAGGGGGGAGACAAAAAAGAACCUAUAUGAGUCAGCGACGUUGGGGCUGGGACGAACGUCUGGAGUUUUAAUGGCCUGGCUUAACAUGUUUACAUUUCAUUUCCCUUCCUUCUUUUAAGGGAAGGAAGAAAAAAGGAAUCGAACGAAAAGUAAAAAAAAAAAGCCAAAGAAAAACAACUCAGGGAUGAGAGGAGGAAUCGAACAUAUAUCCUCUAACUGUACUGGCCUCGCCUCCGAGCUCAACCACCACUACCACCCCUCCCCUACCAAACAUUGUUAUUCUUUGGGAUUUUUUUUUUUUUCUUUUCGCUUUCUUUCUUUCAUGAUGGAUGACGAUGACGAUUAUUGUUUAUUUGUUUACUGUUUAUCCUUACUCUUAUCAGCAUUGGCAUUGGCAUUGGGCACCGGUAUCGUCCAAAACAAAAUCAUGAACCCCCACUUUUUUUUCGAAUACCUAAGGAGGAAAAAAUCACCGUUUUCAUCAAUUAGGAGAUUUUAGGAACCUUCUCUUAUGUAUUGAGGAGGAUGUUUAUUCUCACGGCUUUUUAUAACCACUUUUCAACAAUUUGUGGUUGUUUUUCACCUCUACCUAGUUAGGUAUGGAUUUAAUUACUUUUUGCAUUAUUUUCAGUUGGUUAUCCAUAUGCAUAUAUUUAUAUAUAGAAUAUUAUUUUUAUCAUAAGAGAGAAUUGACGAUAGGAUAUGACUCGGCAUUGCCUAUUGGAAGUAAGUUAGGUGGUAGAAACUCAAGGGUAUUAUUACUUUACACUAUAGAGGAGCACUCUUUUAACAAGGAGGUAGAAAGAAAACAAUAAGCGAUCCGUCGAGAAACUCCAAGAAAAUAAC